GUAAACAUCAUAUUCUAUCUCGUCGUAAUACAAGUACCUGAGUUCACAAACUGUCUUUCUCGUCUUGCUGCGUGUAUGGGUAUUAAUUGACUUGCUUUCGCCUUGCCUGUUUCUCUUUGCACGGUAGAUCAUAUCGAUGCCCAUACCCAUUCCCUCUAUUGAACAUUCUCGAGAGCAAGUCGUGAUUUUUUAGUUCAUAAAGAUUCUACCAAAAGCAUUUGAGACUCUACAUGAUAACAGAGGGAUGAUAAAAACCCCGUCCUUAUAAUCCUCUGACCUUGACAACGAACUCAGUCUAUUACAUCACUCUGUCAGAAUUCGUACAUGAUCUUCAUGUCUAGUCAGCUGCAACGAUAAGGCAAGCACGAGCGUCGCUUUUUUGAUCACGUGGCUGGACUGGCUACUUACCAACAUUGGUACCUACUUAGGUAGGUAGCGCUGGCUGUACUACCGCAGCCGCAAGCACUACUAGCACUACCCACACUUGAAGUCACCAUACAGACCUGGACUUGAUAUCCUCACAAAGGCACCAGACCGACUUCUCGGCGACUUACCCACCAUACCGUCAUGGCUUACAGCCCUGAGAACGAGACACCCAAGGCCAAAGGGCAGGCAAAGCCUCAGACCGGUGCUCCCUUCGCCUUGCCAUUCCGCCCUGCCACUAUUGCACCUGGUGCCAAAGAUCAACCCACCGACGAUUUGAAAGAGAAAGACAAGGCCGCCCUCGCAAAGACCAACAUGCUCACAGAGUUCAAACGCUCCGAUGAGAAAUUCAGAAAGAGCCUCGAGAUCCGCAAGCUUCCAGAAAACUGGCUAGAUGAGUUCAGACGCCAUGCCGCUCACCCUGACUUGGCCAUGCACGAGAAAAUUUUUAAGGAUCACCUCGACGCCACCAAAUAUCGGAGAGCCCUGGAAAGAUAUGACCCGAAGCGCAGACUGUCAAACCCGUUCGUCAACCGAUCUUGCCUAUCAUCCUCGAGACUUUUGCUGAUCGUUCUGAUAGUUAGGUUCUAAGCUUUCGAACGGCACAUUUCGGGGAUAAUUAAGCCUUUCGAUUGUGUGCCGGAUAUGCGAGAUGGAGGUGGUUUGAGCGCUUUGGGAGAACGCGUAGUCCAUGGAUGGACUAGGAGAACGUAUAUGGAAACUCUGGUCCAUAAAUGGUAUUUUGGAUAUUAGUACGGCCUGGUCGCUGGAACUACUAUUCAUAAACU